CUCUUUUGCAACCCUCUUGAUUUAAUUCUUUGAACCUGUGAUUGGAGGUUAAAGUGCACCAGGUUGGAAGGAGGAAGCUCUUAAACAAUAAAGGUUUGAAUAUUUAGCUGUGAUCUGGUCGCUGCCCUCUCCCUAGCUCCCUCCUUAUCUUUUUAAAUGCAAAUCUUGUUUAGGGGGGUAGAAUGCUUUAUGCGCUCUGCGCCUCGACGUCUCCUGCCAUUGGUGUCUGUGCCAUUACUAAUAGAGUCUUGUAAACACUCGUUAAUCACGUAAGUGCUUUGGCCGGGGAACUCGACUUGCUAGUCUCAGGAACUUCUCCGCCUCGGCAGCCAAGUUUCUUCCACUUCGCAGGGGACAAACUCAAGGAGGAGCUGAGCGUGGCUCAGACACGACCAACCACCCCCCCCUACUCCACCCUUUCCCUUCCCCACUCCCUUUUCCCUUCCCUUCCCUCCUCAUUCCCAACCUCCAGCAUCCCCACCCAGGCAGCAUGGUGAGAUCUGCUCCGGAGUUUCUGCCACCAUGUACGUGAGCUACCUAUUGGAUAAGGACAUGAGCAUGUACCCCAGCUCCGUGCGCCAUUCUAGCGGGCUCAAUUUGGCGCCGCAGAACUUCGUCAGCCCCCCGCAGUACCCAGACUACGGAGGUUACCACGUGGCGGCUGCGAACUUGGACAGCGCCCAGUCCCCGGGCCCCUCCUGGCCCUCUCCUUACGGCGCUCCUCUCCGGGAGGACUGGAAUGGCUACGCGCCUGGAGCCACCGCCACAACCAAUUCAGUGGCGCACGGUCUCAAUGGGGGUUCCCCUGCCGCAGCAAUGGGAUACAGCAGCCCGGCUGAUUACCACUCACAUCACCAUCCGCACCACCACCCUCACCAUCCUGGCACUGCACCCUCCUGUGCCUCGGGGCUACUGCAAACACUCAACCCCGGGCCGCCUGUGGCCACUGCCGCUGAACAGCUGUCUCCAGGCGGUCAGCGGCGCAACCUGUGUGAGUGGAUGCGGAAACCGACGCAGCCCUCCCUGGGCGGCCAGGUUAAAACCAGGACAAAAGACAAAUACCGAGUGGUGUACACUGACCACCAACGUCUGGAGCUGGAGAAAGAGUUUCACUAUAGCCGAUAUAUCACUAUCCGGAGGAAAGCGGAGCUGGCUGCUACACUGGGACUAUCUGAGAGGUUAAAAUCUGGUUUCAAAACCGAAGAGCCAAGGAAAGAAAAAUUAACAAGAAGAAGUUGCAGCAGCAGCAACAGCAGCAGCAGCAGCAGCAGCCUCCACCUCAGUCACAACCCCAGCCUGGUGCUUUGAGAAGUGGCCCAGAGCCACUGAGUCCAGUAGCCUCCCUGCAAGGCUCAGCACCAGGCUCUGUCCCUGGAGUUAUGGGGCCUGCUGGAGGAGUGUUGGCCCCCACCAUCACACAAUGACCCAUGCUUACUGAGACAGUCACAGGACUGGAGUGGUUUCAGGCUGGGUAUGGAGAGGAGUACUGGGAAGGACUGGCUUCUGCCCUACCUGGGAGAUGUUAUCCCCAUUGUAACACCCACCUGCCUGUCCUCCCAGGGGAAAAUGGGAUCCAGAACAAGAGGGUUGGGGAAUCCCAUAGAAGUUAGCCUCCAAUAUCUGACUUUUCAUGACUCUUUCCAUUCUGGGGAAGCACAAGAUGGACACUAAGACUCCAUGGGGUUGGCAAAACUGAAUAGACAUUGGUUUUGGCCUUUUCUCUCUUGCUCUUUAGCACCUUCAGCUUCCAAAAUCUAAAGGCUUCCUGGUCAACAAGAAGCCCAGCAGAUUCGUGGACCAAUCUGUGACUUUUCUUACUCCCUCUAAAGACAAGGAGGCCCAAAUUUGUCUGGGUUCAGAAGCUUUGGACUCAGAAGCCAGGGCAGAAAAAGACAGAAAAUUGGACCUAAGAGGCAGCUGAACCCAAAGCAAUUGGUGUCUCCCUCCUCAUUCUCUUCCUAAAGCAACACAGGGAGGAGGAGGGUAGUCAUCAGGGGGUAUUCUGGGCUCCAGACUUUGGGAGAAACCACAGUCUGGAGAAUUGGACAUUGUUUAGAAAGCCUGUCACCCUAACCUCUCCAGGCUGAAUGUAUGUUUGGUGUCAUAAAUGCCAGAGCCAACCUGGGUUUCCUGUCGUUUUCACAAACUUGAGGCUGGCCUAGAGAUUUCUUUAUUGUUACUCCUGUUCUGGAGUUGCUCUUUCCCACAUGGGAGACCUCCUGCAAUAUUUUAAAAUUAUUCUGGAUUGAGAAGGGGGGAAAAAGUGAUUUGAUAUAGAAGGGAAUGGAGAAGAGGGUGGGUGGGGGGAGGAAAAGUACACUGAAACACAUUUGAAUAUUUUCUUAAAAAAAAAAGAAAAAAGGGAGAUAAAUGAGCUUGCCAGACUUCAGACUCCUAUUUAUCUGCCUGAGAUUUUAUCUGGAGUUAUCUUUAAAAAAAAAAAUUAAACAUCUUCACUCCAGCCAUGAGCUAAAGCUGGAAGAAUCAGGGGGAUUAAAUGACUAGCCUCACACUUUCCUGGAGGGUCAGCUUUAGGGAGGAGAUUCAGUGCCCUCACUGUCAUGCAGGGCCUUCCCUCCCCCCCCCCCCCAAGGAAUUUGUAGUUUCUAACCCUAAGUCUUGGGGCAAAAUGCAUUUGAAUUAUCAGCUGCUCUGUCCCAGAUCUUUGGAGCUAUCUAGGGCCACCCCUGCCCGAGGAAAGAGACCCAACCCGGGCUGACCUCAAGCCUAGCCAACUGCCCAGUCCACCGGCAGGUCCUUUUAUCUUCGACCACCCAUGUCCCUCCCCAGCAGGUCUCUCACAAACCAGUUAUCUGAAAGAAAAACAUCGACUGAAAUGCAAAUUGUUCACCUUUAUCCUGCUAAAUACGGCAAGUUUCCCACAAAUCAUCAUCAUCAGUCUUGCUGGUUGUUUCUUGCUGUUGUUUCAAAGUUUCUAGAGCUUUCCCUCCCUUCCACUCCUCCCUUCUAGGUUCCUUUCGUCCCUCUUUCACCCAAUUAAAAGGUAGGCAUCGGAAAGUCUUUUAAUCACUCCAAUUUGUUUUCUGGGCUUUCCUCUCCACCUCUGGGGAAGCUGAGUCCUUUGCUAAGACAAGCGCCAGAUUUGAAAGUGAAGGGCUGUCGGACAGUGCCUGUAGGAAAACAACAACAACUAUACACACACACAACCACAACAACAACAAAAACCCAGCACUUCACCUCCCGGGAGGGGAGACAGGGAACUGCAUUCCCGCCUAGCUGAAUUUCAAGACCCUAAUCAGCAAUCUUCUGUGGUGCAUAUUCUGAUAGUCCCCGGGGCUGAGGGAGGGGCGCCUGGCUAGUUAGAGUAUCUACGGUUAUGCCGCAGAAGCCGAGGGAAAGCGCAUCAAAGACUUUUCGUUGGUCUCUGCUGCCUUCCUGGACAGUCUCGCAGACACAGGGGAAUGGUUGACAGCCACUUUUUCGCAGGAUGGACUUGAGGAAAUGUGAAAAACUAAAAAGCAAGAAAGGUCUUAAAUGUCGCAGGAGUUCUAGGGAGAGAGUGGGUUCUUAUUCUUUUUCAGUUCCGAAGAAAAUAUUGCCUGUGCGCUUCUGGAGCCCCAGGGUUUAUAAUAUGAGUUGAAUGCAGGACUUAGAGUGAGAAAGUCCUGGGUUCGAAUCCUGUCACAAUCUCUCUGGGGCUUCCGUUUUCUCAUCUGGAAAAUAGGGUGGUUGGACCCAGUGGCCUCUAAGAUCGCAUCUAGAUCUUACGUCAGAUUAUGAUAGAUAUGCCAGUUCAAAUCCUCCCCUUUGGUCCUGGAGGAGGUUGCCUCCUGGAUUCGCACUAUUCAAAAUUAGGUGUUUUUUUUUUUUUAGCAGUCUAAAUGAAGAAUUGGAUGGACUUAUUGUGAAGGAAUACUCGUGAAAAAAAUGAAUCCAUUUUCCAAUUAUGCUCCCUAGGCCACGAGUUUUAGGGAGGAAAGUGCCAUGAAAAGGAAAGUCGCAGUCCGAACCCCAGAGUCUGGCACUCCUGAGCUGGCAGCACAAGGUCAGAGGGCGAUACAGCCCAACCUGGCAGUCCCUGGGGCGCCAGGCUGUGGUGCGGCCCUCCUCAAACUGGACCCCGCCUACGCCGUUGAUCCCAGGGCAGGGCCAAGGGGUUUCGCUGCCUCUGUAGCCUCAGCCGUUGCUAUGCGUUGCUGUGAAACGCCUAUCAAUAAACCCUGUUUGGAUAGUGGAGCAAGAGCACAAGGUUUGUUUGCUUAGUGGUUAGAGGUUCAAAAGUCGGCAUUGUCCCGCUGCAAGUGAUUACAACUAGUUCUUCCCCUUCCUUAGUACCACCUCUUCCCUCCCUCCCUCUCUCCCUCCCUCCUCCUCUCCUUCCCUUCCCUGGUCCCCAGACUCCCCAGGUUACCCUAGAGGAGUAGAGCUCGGGGGCCAAGCUCUGUGAAAUGCAAAAAUCCUUGGCCACCGCUGAGCUCAGGCGGCCAAUUUCCCAGGCCACAGGAAAUGCAAAGAAAUUAUGGCCCCCAGGGCAAGGUAAACUGCCCCACGUUUCCGACGCCGGGCCAUAAACUUUUCCCCCUUGGAAUCCGAGGAGGCCACCCGUACCGAAGGGAGCCUUCGGAAUCUGAAGCGAGUAGGAAACUGCCACCUGGAGGCUGCUUUAGGGAGGAUGGAACACUGAGGUAGUCAAGUUUAUUUUUCUGAAGCUGACGCAACUUUCGAAGUGCGUCCGCUCCUCGAUCCCAAUCCUUCUAUACUUUUGGCUAGCGAUCAGAGCAGCUCGCGAUCUAUUGCCAGGACCUCUAGAAGGCGCGAGCUGUGGGGAAAGGUGAGGGCGGGGCCUUGAGCGCAUGUGCAAUCCUGCCAGUUGUGCAGUUUGAAGACUGCUCUCUGAAACUGAAGUAGGCUGGGAAAAGCCCUUGACUGCAGUUUGGACCGCUUUGAGCUCCUCCUCUCGCCCUCCACCUACGGGAGGGUCCAGAACCCAGACACAUUUUUCCCCCCAUAGGAGAAUGGGCUCCUUUCCAUCUCUCUCCUCUUGAGUUUUGUUUUCAAAAUCAGUAGCGCUCGAGUAUCCUCUCUAGAGGAAUUUGCUAAGUGGAAUAUUAAAGUUAAACCAGGUUUGAAAAUUACCUUUUAAAAAAAAGUCCUUUCCAAUUGAUCGCAGCCUUAACUGUGUACCAAGGCAGUGUGGCACAGUCGAUAGCCUUGCUUCAGUUACGCAAACCUGGGAUUAAGAUUUAACACCUAUUAGCUGUGUGACCCUUGACAAGUCACUUGACCUUUUGGUGCCCCAGGCAAGUACCUAAAACUAUAAAUUUCAGAAAUGUUACUGAUCUGUUUGGGUGGCAUGAAUGGCCUCACUUAGUUUUUACUUUACUCAGUGAAAUCACAGUUCUGGACCAGGGGAAAAA